AGCUGGGCCGCCGAAGCUGCCAGGGGAACCAGUCUAAAUUUACCAUGAAAAUAUUUCCUGAAUACUAGCGACAGCGCGGUGUGCGAUGUGAUUAUGUGGUGUUGCAGGGCAAUGAAAAUGAAAAUGUUCCUGUCGAACGAAAUUGCACAUGGCGGCGGUAGAACAUCAUGGAAUAGGCGCUCCGUAGAAACGCGUCGGAAAACAGGUUGUUCAUUCCAAUUCCAUCCUCCCUAGGAGUUUACACAACACAAUUGUCUGUGGUCAAUAGCAAAACAGUAGUGCCCUAUUUCUGCUGCCUUGUCACCAAGCACUUUAGCACUGAGAAGAGACUUAAGAAGUCGGCCUCAGGCAUCGUUUGAAACAGUAAGCCAGAUUAACAUCCGAGAAGAUGACUACGACACGGGAGGACGUGCUGCUACAGAUGGGCGAGGUCCGGUUUAAAAAGGGCGACGGUACGCUCUACGUGAUGAACGAACGAAUCGCAUGGAUUGCUGAGCAUCGCGAUACGGUUGCUGUGUCACACCGUUUCCAGGAUAUAAAAAUGCAAAAAAUUUCCCCGGAAGGUAAGCCGAAGGUACAGCUGCAGGUGGUACUGCACGAUGGUAACAGCUCGACGUUUCACUUCGUCAACCGGCUCGGGCCGCAGGCACAGAUGGCCGACCGGGAUAAGGUGAAGGAGCUGUUGCAACAGUUGCUGCCAAACUUUAGGCGCAAGAUCGACAAAGAGCUGGAGGAGAAGAAUCGCAUCCUGACGGAAAACCCAUCGCUGUUGCAGCUGUACAAAGAUCUGGUCAUCACGCAGGUGCUGACGAGCGAGGAGUUUUGGGCCCGGCAUGCCAAGGACUACAUGAACAAAGAGCAAACGGUAAAGCAGGACAUCGGUGUGUCCGGUGCGUUUCUGGCCGACAUAAAGCCCCAGACGGACGGGUGUAACGGGUUGCGGUACAAUCUAACGGCGGACAUUAUUGAGUGUAUCUUCAAAACGUAUCCCGCGGUGAAGCGGAAACACACCGAGCACGUGCCGAGCAAGAUGACGGAGGCGGAGUUUUGGACAAAGUUCUUCCAGUCGCAUUACUUCCACCGGGACCGUAUCGUGGCCGGCGGCACCAAAGACAUUUUCACCGAGUGCGGCAAGAUCGACGAUCAGCAGCUGCGACAGUCGGUGCAGGAGAAUCUCGGCGACCCGUUGCUGGACAUACGCGCGUUCGAAGAUAACACGCUGGAGGAUGGGUUCUGCAGCUCGGCCACCGCCAAGCAGCAGACGGUGAACAGUGGGAACAUCGUGCAUCAGAGUAUGAUCAAGCGAUUUAAUCAGCAUUCGUUUUCCGUGCUUAAAACGUGCACGGAUGUAAAAACCCUCAACUGUGGUAUUGGGUCAAUUUUGUCCGCCACACCGGGUGUGCCGUCGGACUCGUCGGCGAACGGUGGUGCGCCGGUUGCGAAUGGGAAGGAAAAGACAAACAACAAUAACCUGCCGGCGGCCGAUGGAAGUAAUAACAAUAAUACGGUGAAUGGGCUUAGCAAGAAGGAUAAGCGAUCGCACGAUCAGCACCUUGCCAAUGGGACCACCGGGGAGCACAAAAGUAAUGGGACGAUGGGCCCACCGCCGCCAUCCGCGAACGGUGCGCCGUUCGUCGAGCCUACGAUGAAGAAGGCCCGGAUUCAGGCGAAAAUUACCUACGACGAUCUGGAGGGCGAAGAGGACGAACGGACCCGUGUGAAGCAGCUGAAUUUGACCAAAAUCGAACGGUACCUUCAUGGGCCCGUGCCGGCGUCGGCGGCUAGUGGGACGGGCGGACACGAUUCUUCACAUUCUAGCAAUCACCGGAAUGAGGCCGGUUUGCAUGAUUUCGAAACGACGCAUGCGAUGAUCCUGGAGGCCGCCAAUGGGACGUGGAGCAAUCGGACGCCUCACAAGCUGCUCGUUAGCCCGGCUGCCGCUGUCAGUGCGCUCGGCGAUCUGAGUCCGGGCGGUGCGCUCAUGAGAGGGUUCCAGGAACAAAGCCUUGCCCAACUUGUGCCUCCGGAUAUAGAGAAGGAAGUGCGUAACCUUUACCUUUCGCUGCUGGAAUUGCUGAAGGAGUUUUGGAAGUGUUUCCCACCAACGACGCCCCAGCUGGAGUCAGAAGCAACCCGCAUGCACGACAUACUGCAACGUUUCGCGAUGGUCAAAUUGAAGCCGUUUGAGGAUCGUGCCAUGAGAGAACUGUUGCCAUUGGGCUCCUCGCUAACGCAGCACCUGAACCAACUGCUCCAGUCGGCCAACCGGAAGUAUGCGAUCUGGCAGGACCGUCAGCGUCGUACGCACAGGUAGCACUGCACCGCCUCGACGCUCCAUUAAGCGGGCCGAGCAGGCCACGUCCACAACUGUACCAUCACAUCAGUUCUGGCGCGCCAUUAGCAGCAGCACGAACAACACUCCGUUUCGUUACCUUCCACUCAACAGAACCGUGUGUGGCAAAUUGCAUCAAACCGUACUCGUUCCGUUUUGUCAACCCCCCCCCCACCGUUUCCAUCCUCAACAUCACCCGUAAUGAUCGUUUCGUCCUUCGUCUCUUGUCUUUGUUUUGUUGUCGAUAUCGGUGUGUGCAUGCAGAGCUAGGAAUUGGUCGAUAUUUUCGAGCUCAAAACAAGAAUCGCGGAGGAAUGCAAAGGGAGGAGCUUUAGCAGCAAUUCUCUCUGCUGCUGGGUCGGUUGUACGCGCACUAAAUAAAGCAAACGAUUGAUGCCAACUGUGGCCUACGUGUAAACGUCAUGGAAUGAUCGUAUAGAAUUAAAUCGAGCAGCCACGGGAUGAGCGCUGGGUUGAAGAAGCGCCAACGAGUUAGUAUUAAUGAUGUCACAACAAAAAAAGAAUGGUCGUCGUGAUAUCCGCGUGAUGGGCGAUGUGAGAGAUGGCGGUUGGCGAUAUGAAUGCGAGCCACCAGCUUGUCAAGAAUCAAUUACUUUCAAAAGAUCAUGAAAUAUAUUCAUAUCAUCUUCGAACAUCGAGAAUGAGUAUC